GAGUUUGAAUUAUUUUUGGUAAUAGGUCAAUGAAAUUAAGCAACUCAAACAAAUAACACAUAAAAGAGGAGGGUGUUUGUGAUUGAAGGUGAAGGUUCAAGUCCACAAUGUAUUCUGUUGUGAAUCCACAAUGUAUUCUGUCGUGAAGUUUUUCUUCGUGACGAAGAAAAAUUCACAUUCAAAAGCGAAAGCAGCUUUGAUACCCAAAAGGAGAAAAGGAAAAAGCAGAUGACUUUGAUUUUACCAAUCAAAACACUGGCCCAAUUUCCACAAGCCAAAACUAAAGGGAAGAGAAUCAAACUUGAAUUCAAUGCCGUGGUGAUCAGAUGAGUGAUGAUAUGUGACUGGCACUGCAGGGUGUAAGCAAACCCAGCAACCCAGCUUCCUUAUCAAAAACACGAUCAGCAGUGAUGUUGAAAGCUCCCAUUGGCCUCCCAAAUCCCGAUGUUCCGCCAAAUGCUGAAUUCUCUGAUCUCGAUCUUGCCAUCCUUGAAGAGAUUCGGAAACUUGAUGCCCGCCUUGAUAAAAUUCGGAAACUCGACCCCUCCUGCUUGAUAAGAUUCGAAAAUUCGACCCCGACGUCCAUGAUGAGCUUUAUAACAAUCAGGUGUCCAAGGACAAGAUGAAGGAAAGGGAAGGGUUGGCAGCAGAGAAGCCAGGCCAGACAGAAUGCAAGGAUUAUUCCAGGUCAGGAGGACGUAAAUAUGAAAAAGCUUGUAGUUUAAAUCGCCGAAGAGGGGAACCUUCUGUAGCUCCAAUUCUAGAAUGUAACUUUCUGGGCCUGCCGGCCGGGGAAGAAAGACUGUUCCUUCUAUAUGCGAAAUGCCUCCUGCAUGUUUGGUACAAACUGCAGGUUUAAUCACCCUGAUCCUACAGCUGCAAGAGAAUCUGACCCCCCAUGGUAAUGGCGGAUCUGCAUCAUUACAAGGUGCAUCGUCAUCAACAGCAGCACCAUGGUCUGCACCAAGAUCAUUGAAUGAUGCUCCGCUUUAUGUGCCAAUGGCGAUUCUGCAUGUUCAGAUAGGAAGCUGGGGUAAUGCAGAUGGGGUUUGGGUCCAAUCAAAGGCAGGAAACAAAGAUGAAGCAAGUGGCUGGACAAAACCUGCUUUUAUUAAUGAGAAUCAGAAUGACAGUUGGAAGAAACCAAGUGGUGUAGAUGACAAUAAAAGAGCUUCCUGGGGUAAAGCAGAUGGAGGUUCUACUUGGACUAAACAAAAUGGAGAUGCUACAUGGAAUAAACAAGGUGAAGAUUCUACUAGGAAUAAACAAGAUAGCAGUUCUGCUUGGAAUAAACCAGCAGGAGAUUCUUCUUGGAGUAAACAAGCUGGAGGGUCUUCAUGGUGUAAACAAGCUGAUGUAACAGCAGGACAUGAGUCUGGCGGAGUGGGGAAUCAAGAUAAUGGUUGGAAGAGAGCAAGUUCUUUUGGUGGCAGUCAAUCAAUAGAUGGUGUGAAUGGAGACCAACCUGAGGAUUUCAAUAAUAAUCGAAGUGGUGGGAAUUGGAGAGGUGGUUCAGGUAGAGGAAAUUCAGACAGAGGAGGUUUUAGAGGUGGACGGGGUUUUGUAGGUAGAGGUGGUGAUAGAGAGGAGGAUAGAGGGGGUUUUGGACGUAGAUGGGGUUUUGGUGGUAGAGGUAGAGACAGAGGGAGCUUUGGUGGUAGAGGUAGAUCAGACAAAGGAGGGUUUGGUGGUAGAGGCUAUGGAGGAAGAGGCCGUGGGGGGUAUCAAAGUGGUGGUUGGAGCAAUAGAAAUGAAUCUAUUGAUAAUAACUCAUCAGGCUGGAGCAAAGGGGCAGACGGUGCUGGCGAGGGAUGGAAAAGGGACAAUGGUGGAGGAAGUUGGAACCAAGGAGGUGGCAGUAAGAACGAUUGGCAGGGUAGGAACUCUAGCGGAUGGAGUAGCCAGAGCUCCGGUUGGAACCAGUCUGAUGUGACUAAAGGAAUUGGUGGUUCGGGAUCAGGUUGGAAUCAGACAGUGGAGGCAAAAUAUACUGCUGGCACUCAGGACAAGGGAACAGGUUCUCAUAAUGAAAUGGGCAGAAGCUGGGGAAACAAUUGGAAAUCAUCAGAUGCUUCUAAUGGGGACCAAUCGUCUAGGUGGAAACAAUCGACUGCAGCCAAAGAAGUCAAAGGAAACACUGAUCAAGACGGCGGCUGGAACAAGGGACCGAGCUCAAACGCACAAGCUGGAGGCUGGGGCAACCAGGGUUCAGGUUGGAACAAAGGAACGGGUUCAGGAUUUGGAGGCGGUACCGGAGAGCAACCAAGUGCUGCUGUUGGAGGUCAAUCAUCUGACUGGAAGCAAUCAAGUGCUGCAAGCGGGGCUCAAUCCUCUAGUUGGAAUCAAUCUGGUGAGGCAAAACAAGGAACUGAUGAAGGUGCAAAACCGACUAAUUCAUGGGGCAAAGCAGCAGCAGCAAGCUCUUGGGGGCAAGGGUUCUGAUGGUGGAAGUAGCAAAGGAGGGUGAUGAUCAAAUCACGUCUUAAAUGGUGUAGAUACUGCUUUGUCUUUUGCAGAGCUAAAAGGAUCUUAACUUAAACCCCCGUAUCUAUUGACAAUGGUUGAAAUUUUGGAUGAACCCCAAUCUUGGCUAAA